AUGUGCAUCACCCAACAUACUAUUCACUUUCCUCAAAACGUCGCCGUCAUAUCCCCGAGUGUUCCCAACGGAAUGGACCUCGAACUUGCAACCUCGACCUUCCCAUUUAGCGCAGAUCCGCAGCCUUCCACCAGGGAAUCCCAUGAACUGUACUCAGAAUAUCACACCACUCUCGUGCCGGUAAUCACUCUCAACACUUCCAUUGUUUCGGUGCAUACCGCUCCAGAGGCACAGACAACCGCUGAUAAUUCCUGCCUGUUCCCAUCACCUCCCCAGAUGAAUCAACCUCCACUAUCGGAAGACCAUAGGCGUACUAUCGCCAUUAGCCGCGUGUUCGGGGCGGCGGGGACGGCUCCCACCGGCCUCGGUCACCACUGUAAACAGUUGGAGGCCGACCUCGAGUCACCAGAUUCCAUUACCCGGUCCGUCUGGCAGGCCGCAUGGCCCGAUUCACCACUGAGCCCAGUCACCUUCUGGGAAUGGGUCUCCAGGGUUGUAAGCGUUGUGGAGCACCUGAACACCACCAACUUAACAAAGCCAACUUUCCGCGACGUAGCAAUGCUGCUGUAUCCUGGAAUUGACGGUGGGAGCGCACAAGUUACCCUUGUGUCGAAGGUAAUUAUAGUGGCGGUAUGUUCUCUGACAGCGCUGGCCAGGGUAUCCGCCAUAACCCCCCAAUCGGCCAGUAUGAACCCAGAGAUUUUGAGGAUGGAAAUCCCCAAUGCGGAGGAUGCGGUACAAUCCCAAAUCGACUAUCCUUUAACCGAGAUAUUCACUUCUAUUCGGGAGGUUGCUCACGCUGCUUCCCGUCGAGAGUCCACCACGGGUGCUCCUGACCAAAUACAGACGGACCUUGUUGAUUACACGUUUCUUCGGCGAAUGGGUAUACAAAUCAAGUUUGUGACAGCAAUAACUGAACACUUAUAUUUUGAUUUUGCGAGAAAAGAGCUGUGGGUUUUCAAGUCUCCAUCUAUCUGCCUCGCUACCCUGUGGGGAACAGCGAUUGCCGAUAUAGUAGGCGAGGAACCCUACAAUUCUACAUCUCACUCGACAAUAUUCGAGGAGGUUCUCCUGUCUAUUCGACUCCUGUUUUCUGGUUCGAAGAGGUCUCGGGACGCUUUCCAGAAGACACUGCGCGCCGCACGAGAAAACAGCGACCCUUUUUUCGACGAACUUCUCUUACCGCUGCAGUUGGGAAACAUGCAGCCAGCAGGGAUAGGAGCUCGAGCAGCGGGUACUAUCUUGCCAUUGUUUCGCCCGCGGCCUACAUCUCAACUGUACUUUGACCGAUGUUAUUUUCAAAACUACAAGCUGAACGAGGCACGAUGGGAGCGAAUGCAGAGCGACAGAACCUGUAGUGCCAGCGCGGAAUUUCAUAUAUUUGGGAAUCGUCUGCGUGCGCUACAAGAUUUUGUUCAGAGCCAACCAAUCCACAGCCUUCGCGAGCUGCUAGAUGAACGACGAAACAAGGCGGAGGCUAUCAAGUUUCUCGUGAUCAACAGAAUUAACCUGACCGUGGGGUUUAUAGCAUUGUCUGGUCUCGGUAUAGGGUUAGGUCAGCUUUUAAAGUGA